AUGUUGGUUGACAAAAUGAACGCAAGAUGCAAGAACAAAGAAAAUUAUACAUUUGAUACCCAAAUUGUUGACACGGAACUCCAGCUGAUUUUUUGGUGUGAUAAUGUUUCGAAAUCGAAUUACGAAGCAUUUGGUGAUGUUUUGGCUUUUGAUGCAACGUACCACACGAACAUGUACGAUAUGAUUUUUGUUCCAUUUACUGGUGUGGAUCAUCACAAAAAAUGCACGAUAUUUGGUGCUGGGCUACUUCAUAACGAGACAAUCGAGUCAUACACUUGGCUUCUUCAAAAAUUUCUCCAAGCUCAUAACGGUAGACAACCUCUUUUGGUUCUAACCGAUCAGGAUUGUGCUAUGAAACAAGCGGUUAGCAACGUAUUCAACCAAUCGCAUCAUCGGCUAUGUAUGUGGCAUAUAGUUCAAAAGAUACCAUCUAAGAUAAAGGGGGACAACUUGACCAAUUUAGAGAUUAAGGAGAAAUUUCACAAGCUUGUUUGGAACGUCUAUAUCAAACCUGAGACGUUCGAGCAAAGGUGGCAUUCAUUGAUCGCAGAAUAUGGGUUAGAGUCUCAUAAAUGGUUGACAGAGAUGUUCGUAAUUCGGGAGCAAUGGAUCCCAGGUUACUUCCGUGAAAUACCGAUGAGUACUUUAAUGAAAACCACAUCCAGAUGCGAAAGUGCGAACCACAUGUUUAAAGCAGACUCAAAUGCACAUAAUACACUGGUUCAAUUCAUGUUAUGUUAUGACACGUCCAUCGAUGGGUUAAGAAACAAGCAAAGGGAACUUUGCAAUCAUACUGAGACUACCAACCCGGAUAAAUACAAAACAACCUACAGGAUUGAGCGUCACGCGAACGUUGUAUAUACAAGGAAAAUUUUCUACGAGGUUCAAAAGCACAUUUUCGAUGGUACAGAAUUUAGUUACAUUGCCGAACGGUCCGUGGUUGAUGGCAUUCAUUGUUUUACUGUUGCACAUCUGGAUCAUGAAAAGGAAGUUGUAAACGAGUUCAAGGUGACCUUUAACAAGGAAGACCUAUCGGUUUCUUGUUCUUGCAAUGGUUUCACUCGUGAUGGAUAUCUAUGUCGCCACGUGUUUUGUGUCUUUAGAAGCCAUAAUAUUCAUGAGAUCCCAGCCAGAUACAUUCACCCGAGAUGGAGACGGAAUGCUCUUCCGGGUGUUGUGCAUAGUUUGGAGAACAGGUUAUCCGUAGACCAAUCUAGGAGUGCAGUAUUAUGGCGAAGAAUCGUAGAAAACAUGGACAUGUGUAGAGAUCGUGUACGGGGCAACAUUGACAAACUAGAGGAACUAGACUCACAUAUUCAGGCACUUAAAGAUAAGAUAUUUGCUGAAGUUCCUUAUGAUACAAAAAUUCAUAGAAAGGGUCUAGCAAUUCAAGAAGUUAUUGCCCACACUGAGCCGGACGAGAUCUCGUGUACGGCACCCAAGAAAAUUCGUAACAAGGGUUGUGGGAAGCACAAAAGACCGAUUGGUCCGCGAGAACAAGCAAUAAAAGCUGCCAAGAAGCCAAGAAGGAAAUGUAAUUAUUGUGGCAAACGAGUUAGAAAACACGACAAAAGGAAUUGCCCUUUAAAAAAAGGAAAGCCAACUAAGGAUGACUCGUCUACAGAUGAGGAUGCCGAUGAAGACGAAGAUGAAGAAGACAUGUGUUACACCCUUAUUUUUAUACUAGGAUUUAAUAUCUGUUUUAUACCAAAAGCCAUUAAAAUUUACAUAAGUUUCAAAACUUUACUAGUUAGCCUACUAAGAACAAAAGUAAAACAUAAUAUUGUUGUUUAA